CACGUUUUCCAGAUCUCCCUCUGCCUCUAGCUCGCUUGCAUCAGAGGGGCCCCGAGGGGCCCCGAGGGGUGGCCCACCCACGAGCCCCGCCCCCAACCGCUCACCCACCGCGAGCCCCGCCCCCUCCGACCGCGAGCCCCGCCCCCUAGGCCUCCUCCUCAUCGGCCGCCGUUGCGCGGCGCAGAGCGGCAGCAAGAUGGCGGCGCAACAGCAGGAUGGCGGGGGUGCUGCGCAGCUGGCGGGGCCGGCGGCGGAGGUUGACCCCCUAGGACGCUUCACGUGUCCCGUGUGCUUAGAGGUGUACGAGAAGCCGGUACAGGUGCCCUGCGGACACGUCUUUUGCUCUGCAUGCCUGCAGGAAUGUCUGAAGCCGAAGAAGCCUGUCUGUGGGGUGUGUCGCAGCGCUCUGGCACCUGGCGUCCGAGCCAUGGAGCUCGAGCGGCAGAUCGAGAGCACAGAGACUUCUUGCCAUGGCUGCCGUAAGAAUUUCUUCCUGUCCAAGAUCCGGUCCCACGUGGCUACUUGUUCCAAAUACCAGAAUUACAUCAUGGAAGGUGUGAAGGCCACCAUUAAGGAUGCAUCUCUUCAGCCAAGGAAUGUUCCAAACCGUUAUACCUUUCCUUGUCCUUACUGUCCUGAGAAGAACUUUGAUCAGGAAGGACUUGUGGAACACUGCAAAUUAUUCCAUAGCACGGAUACCAAAUCUGUGGUUUGUCCGAUAUGUGCCUCGAUGCCCUGGGGAGACCCCAACUACCGCAGUGCCAACUUCAGAGAGCACAUCCAACGCCGGCACCGGUUUUCUUACGAUACUUUUGUGGAUUAUGAUGUUGAUGAAGAGGACAUGAUGAAUCAGGUGUUGCAGCGCUCCAUCAUCGACCAGUGAGCAGAGUCUGUGCUUGCUGUCUGUCUCAUGUUCCAGAGCUUCCAUUACAUAUUAAACGUGAAACCUAUGACUCCUGUACCUUACCUGUUCAACAGACCUGAAAAUGAGCCAUGGCAUUGGGGCAGGGUCACUUCUGACAGGGGAAGUGGGUCCCCAGGUCAGCCCUCCUCUUCCCUUUGGGCUCUUGCCAAAGCUGUCUUCCCCCUACUGUUAACCUUGUUUGUCACAUGGUCGAAUUCGUAUUGGUUCUCGGCUACUUCCUGGAGCUUCUGCCGCUUCCUGUGGAAGAGAAUGUAGCUUCUCCACCUCUUGUUUCACACUCAUUCCUUCCAUUCAGUGUUUGUCUCUCGGGUCCUUCAAGCCAGCCAGGACCUUUUCUGGGUCAUGAAUAGCACAAUGAAGCAAGUCUCUCCUUUCCUUGUCCCCAAGGUGUGCAGACUCUGGCAGCCGUGCACCUGACCAGAGCUGAAGCUCCUGCUGGGCUGUGGGGUUGCCAGAAGCUGGGGUUGCCAUCCCUGGGUACAUGUCACCAGUCCUCUUGGGGUUUUGCACCAUCUGAUGCUGGAAGUUUUGAUUAGUGAUAUUUUCCUACUACUACAUACUUAGAGUUCACUGGUUCAGUCUUAAAUGCCUGCAUGGUGCCUUUUUAGGAUAAGGUACAACCAUAUAUUUUUGGUGGAAGUGUUUCUGGGUUAGGGAAGUUAAAGUCUGUUUAUCCAUAAGUGGGGAGGAGGGUCAGCUAAGAGAAGUGGGAGGGCCAGAGCUUUUUGGUUCUGAUUUACAAAUUAAUGAAGUAGUUUCAGACAACAUGGUCAUGUUUACCUCUCCAUUUGGGAGCCUGCCUAACAUUCUUGUUCUAGAAGCACAAAAAAUCCUCAGAUGAAUUAGAAGAAAGAGGUUUGGGGACUCAGCGGAUACUAGUUCUUUUACCUUCUGCUUGGUAACUUAGAUUAAACUGCGCAUUGUUUUUCUAUCACAAAUGUUUUCCUUAUGACACUGGUUUCGACAUGUAAAAUGUGUUUGAAAACCUGCUUUGUAGAUGCAGAGAGAAGCUAUAGGAAACCCAGUACCACCCCCUGGUCUGUUCUGACGAGACAUUGUUCAUAAGGCACAGCACAUCGCAUGAUGAACAGUUGUUAAUAAAAGCUGUUGCUGGAAACUUGCUUUAGGAACAGCUCAAGAACCUUGGAGUUCAUAUUUCACAAAUAUUAAUAAAUAUAAGUCCAAGAGCUGUCAGCCUAAUCUGUAGGAGCAGAACCUCUGAUUGACCAAAAGGCAUAUGGGUUUAGGUUGGUUCUUUGAUGUCAUAUGUCUCUGAUGGGGUUGCAAGUGCUACCUCGCACUUGUACACUGCUGCUGUGGGGCUCCGCGCCUGCCGGUGAAGAGCUGCAGAUGCCGAGAAGCCAGCAAAGACAGGGCCCACUGGAAAAAAAAUAGUUCUUUCAAUAGUAUUUCUCGGGAGGACUCAAAAGUUAAGGUCAGCUUGUUCACUGUAAUUUCUGGAAAAAGUUCACUCAGACCUUCCUGAAUUUAGAUCAUCUCAGAAGUCUGGUGGGAAAUCUGGCGAAACUUUCGUUUGAGGGACUGAUGUGAGUGUAUGUCCACCUCACUGGUGGCACCGAGCAACUUACUUCCUUGUAUUAAGUGCACUUCUUGUAUUUCUAAUAAGAUGACUUUCCAGAAAGUGAGAUUUGUUAUGUUCUGGCUUUUAAAAGGUGAAAUAUAAAUAAAUUUCAUAACUUAAUCUAA